AUGCCCCCCGCUCCACCAGACGUGAAUGUCCGUGUGAUCACCGGCGAUGAUAAGAAAACUGUGGUGUUUGCCAUCAAUGUCAACUCGGGUCCAUCGAUGCAGAAGCGCUUCUCCGAUUUUGAGCGUCUUCAUGACAAGAUCAAGGACAACCUCCCGGCGACCCUCGGAACGCCACCAAGGAGGAAAUUGCUGUUCUCAUCGGACACGAAACUGAAUGAGAAAAGAAAACAAUGGAUUACCGCUUUCGCGCAAACGAUUCUCUCGAAUCACACGGCUAGUCGAGAAGAUGUGAAGGAAUUCUUUUCUUUGGCUCAAACCUUUGACACCGAUGAGGAGCACAUCGACUUGGGAUCUUCGGAAAAUAAAAAAACGAGUCCUCACGAUUUCGACUUUUUGCGUGAAGUUGGGAAGGGAAGCUUUGGAAGGGUUUUCGUUGUUCGUCACAAAGUCGAUCGAAAGAUUUAUGCUAUGAAGGUUCUAUCAAAAGAGCAGAUUCGGCGCAAAAACGAGGUGAAACACGUGAUGGCUGAAAGAAAUGUGCUGAAGGAAAACAUUCAUCACCCGUUCUUGGUGGCAUUGAGAUACAGUUUCCAGAAUAAAGACAAACUCUAUUUUGUGCUCGAUUAUUUGAAUGGAGGAGAGCUUUUCUCCCAUCUUCAACGCGAGAAACACUUCAACGAGAGUCGUUCUCGUUUCUAUGCGGCAAAUAUCGCAUCGGCACUUGGGUAUCUCCACGAGAACGAUAUCAUUUAUCGUGAUUUAAAACCGGAGAACUUGUUGUUGGACCGUCACGGCUAUGUGGUAUUGACGGAUUUUGGUCUCUGCAAAGAGGGAAUCAAAAGUAAAGACACCACAUCGACAUUCUGCGGAACGCCUGAAUAUUUGGCUCCGGAGAUUAUUUUGAAGAAGCCCUAUGAUCGAACGGUUGAUUGGUGGUGCUUAGGAGCCGUGCUUUUUGAGAUGCUCUAUGGAUUGCCUCCAUUCUACAGCAAGAAUCAUCAGGAGAUGUAUGAACGGAUAGUGAAUCAACCACUGCGCAUGAAAACAUCGAUAUCGGCUGCAAGUUCCGAUAUAAUUCAAGGGCUUCUUCAAAAAGAUCGUCGAAUUCGUUUGGGUGCUCGAAAUGACUUCAAGGAUAUUCGAGAUCAUCCAUUCUUUUUGCCCAUUGAAUGGAACAAAUUGUUGGCACGAGAGAUCAAAGCUCCUUUCAUUCCGAAAGUCAAGGAUGAAAUCGAUUUCUCGCAGUUCUCACGCGAAUUCACUGACAGCAAAUUCAAUCCAGCUUCAUUGGCCCCAGAAAGCCUCGGUCAAACGAUGCAUCAUGACAAGGAGUUCGCAAAUUUCACCUUUGUUCAGCCAAAACUGAAUCGGGAAAGUAUGGAAGAC